AUGCCCGCAGACGGCGCGGCUGAGCCGGCGGAGGAGCGCGGGGAGCCGGCGGGACUGAGCCGCCGGCAGCGGCGGAACCGGCAGAAGCGGCUGCGGCAGCAGGAGCCGUCGGCGGCACCGGACGGGGAGCGGGGCUCCGGGCCGGGCCCCCCGGAGCCGCCGGGUCCCGCCGAGGCUCCGCCGGAGCCGCGCUCGGGCCGCGCGGCCGCGCUCCGUGCGCGGAUGGAGGAGCGGCUGCUCGGCGCCCGGUUCCGCUACCUGAACCAGCAGCUCUACACCGGCAGCAGCCGGGACGCGGCGCGGCUCUUCCGCGACGACCCCGCCGCUUUCCACCUCUACCACCGCGGCUUCGAGCGGCAGGUGCGGCGCUGGCCCGAGCGCCCGGUGCAGCGCAUCGUGCGCUACCUGCGCCGCCGCCCCGCAUCGCUGGUGGUGGCGGAUUUCGGCUGCGGGGACUGCACGCUGGCCGCCAGCGUCAAGAACCAGGUGCACUGCUUCGACCUGGUGCCGCUGAGCCCGCGGGUCACCGUCUGUGACAUGGCCAAGGUGCCGCUGGCGGCUGAGGCGGUGGACGUGGCCGUGUUCUGCCUGGCGCUGAUGGGCACCAACCUGCAGGAGAUCCUGGCAGAGGCCAACCGUGUGCUCAAGCCCGGGGGGACCCUGCUGGUGGCCGAGGUGGCCAGCCGCUUCGAGGACACCCGUGCCUUCCUGAGGGCCAUGACACAGCUGGGCUUCAAGACCGUCUCCAAGGACCUCUCCAGUUCCUAUUUCUACGUGUUGGAGUUCACCAAGACGGGCCCGGCGCGGCCCGGCCCCGCUCCCGGGCUGCGCCUGCGGCCGUGUCUGUACAAGCGCCGGUGACGGGAGCGCCACCGGGGG